AUUCUAUCCACAAACUAUGCAUCCGGCACGCGACAACGCGACAGCUGGUAGUACUUGUAGAACAGAGACAGUAUAGAGAAAGAGAGAGACAACAUGAAAUCCCAAUUACGAUAUCAACACCUUUCUGGCACCUGACCACCUAUUGCUCCCGGCUACACCUCAUAUCAAUCACCACCACCAUAAUGCCGCGACAAUUACCCUGGGCGAAGAAGAAUAGCACAUCCAGUGCUCGAGCGACACCUGCAACAAAACCGCUCAAAAAGUCUCGCGCCUUGCUGGAUGACGACGAUGAAGAUUUCUUUCAAGGAACAGUCCUGGCCUCAAAGGGCAAAGGAAAAGCACGCACCAACAGUUCCCAGGAUUCAUUCGACGACCUACCAGAUAUAUCCACCUCACCUGGGUCCCCGCGCAAGCGCAGGAAGCAUGCAUCUCCCGCUCGAGUCCUGUCCUCUUCGCCGCCCCCUAUGGACGACCUCCCGCCUCCGGAUGUAGAAUUCAUGAAGAAAGGGCUUUCUAGGUUCGACUUGCGCGACGACGAGUGGAUGAUGGUUGAGGAUGAAUUUUUGCAGACUGCCAAGUUGUUCACUAUGCACCUCCAUCUUGCUGAGUAUGAAAGGCUUAAGGAGACCAUUCAACAAAAGAAAGAUUCCAUCAGGCCUGUCGCUGCGAACGCGAAGCCUUCUGCGGAAGCCUCGCUCAAGGCUAAAGCUGAUGCACAGCUGAUGACGCAGAGGGAGGCACUUAGAGAUAUUCUAGACGGUAGCGGAAGUGAAGAGUUAGAUGAUAUUCUUCAACCUCCCACCAAAACCUCUGUCAUCAGGCCUGUGACUACACGGCCCGACAGAGUCGAUCCGAAACUGUCUACCAGCGCAAACAGUUCAAAGAGAGCAGCUACCCCGGAGACCACAGACAGCGAGGAUCUGGAUGCACCAAGACGCUCUGUCAAACCGGCACAGAGCAGUAGGGACACCUUCGUCCGACCUUCUCUCCCACCAAAGCGAGACACCGCACCCAUACCGCCCGUGCGAAGGCCCCCAUUCAUGUCAUCCAAAGCAGACCGACCAGCAGCACAAGCACCAAUACCCACGCCAGCCCGCCAAAGAAAAUCACCUUUAGACUACCUCGACGACGAAGAACGGACCACACAUUCCUCCUCGCCCUCCUCCCGACCAACCCAUCCAUCAUCACCAACCAAAUCCGCCCAUACACCCGCGCGCUCCCAUUCAAUCCGGCCGCACCAAUCCCAAAGAUCAACCAGUACCCGUCCAUCCUUCGACCUCCUGUCCGAUCUAGACUACCAACCCCGCCACACCGUACCAAAGGAGGCCCCUAAGUCCGACCAUCAUCUCCUCGCCAAACGGAGACAAGAACAAGAGAGGGAGAAGGAGCGGAAGAAGCAGGUCGAGGAUAAGCAGAAGAAGAAGGCGAUUAAGCUUGACGAUAUACCCACGUUUCUUAUCUAAGUCUUCUAAUUCUCAGGCUUUUUUGUUUUAUUUUGGGUUUUGCGCUUUAUGAAGGACGUUUCGGAGGGCGUUUUAUGGAGGAGUUCUGGUGGAUUAAGAUACCCCUUUCAUAGAAAAACCACACGCUAAGUGUAACGAGCUG